AUGGCAAACGCUCAGAAUGCUGGCCUUUCUGGCACCCCACCUGACCCAAAUAUCCGGUUUUUCGUCUACUUGGACGAGUCCAACUUCCGAAUCAGUGGUGAGGCUGAGAACAAGAAGCGCCGUGGACUUCAUCCCAAAGCCCCUUUGAGCUGGCAUUACGAUAUCCGCGUGCUCAAGGGUAUCAUCCGCAAACACUCCGCGAUGAACGUGGACAAGAAGUUAAAGUUCAUGGUUUAUGGAUCUAAUAUCGAGCAUGGCCUUGUUCAUCAAGAUUUGGAGCUUCAUACUUCAAAGUCUGCUGUGUUCGCCAUUAUUUCUGGUGACAGCGACAUGAGACCUGCAGUCAGACUUGCUUCUCAAUACGGGCAUACUGUGCACGUCUGGGCUUGGGAAGACUCGUUGUCAGGUGUAUACCGAGAACUUGAGCGACAAGGCCUCAUCAGCCUCCAUCUUCUUGACGGGUUCCUGGAUGAUCUUACUAUGCGCAACACUGAUAUCCCUGUAGGGAAUGCGUCUAUCCCUCGUAAUGGCAUCGUACUUCCCAAUCACUGGAAGAGCUCUCUUAAGAUUCUCGAUGGAAUGAGCCACGAGCUAACUCAAGGCAAAUUCGUGUCGGUAAAGAGAUCAAAUGAUGGGAGAAAUUACUGCACCGAUGUUGCUUUUUUGCUUCAUAACGGCCUUCCGAAUCAGGAUGUCUUAUUUCGAUGUGUGCUGAAGAACCUCCAAGAUCAAGGACUGCAUGCCAUGAGCUUCGUGGAGUAUUUCUAUGGCUCAACCCAGCUCGAGGUUCUUGGCCCUUGA